AUGGAUUUGGCUAACACUAGUCUCACUACCAUCACUACCACCCGUACAGCUUCCACUUCCACUUGCCAAGCCACCGCCAAUCCCGUUGACCAUCCCCCAGCGAAACGGACCAAGGUUACCCCCACUGACCCUGCCGAGCCCAAGCCUAAACAAGGACGCGGUAGACCCAGCAAGGAUGCGCUCUUGGUGGCCGCACUUGCCAUCCAAUUGCUGUCCUCGUCGGCACCUGCCAUCCGAACGCCCUCGCUGUCUCCACCUAGACCGCCGCCCACCACGCCUCUCACUGCAGGAGAGGCCUCAGAGGCUUUUGGCUUCAUCCAGAUGUUGCACUUGCACCGGUCAUUUAUGGACGCUGCUCCGGAAGUCCAGAUUGAUGGGUUCAUUUUGGGGCACCUGGAGUUGUCCAACCUCUUCUCCCGCCACGCGGGCCACUUCGCCUCCACCCAUAUUGCGCAGAUGGGGUCUGACCAACUCCUUGAGAACAUGAUGGCGAUGCGACGCACCUCUACUGAUCCGGAUAGCCCAACGCUGGGUACCCUAUUCCUUGCCCUGCAGGACUCAUCUAGCUUUGGAGAUUGCAUGGCGGAAAUUGAACAACUCUGA